CCGGAUCUCUGGCACUGUCGGGGUGGGCGCGGCCCCCGCCCGCCCUGGGUUCCCCACAGGAGACCGCGCAGCCCCGCCCCGAGCCGCCGCUCCCGUCCUCCAGGGGGCCAGCCUGGUCCCACCCGCCCGCUGCGGUGGGCGGCAGUCACGACUCGACGCGCGCGAUCUCGGGCGAGGUGGCCGCGGGCGCUGCGCGGGGCGGGGCGGAGGCCCGGGAGGUGGGCAGGACCCGGCCGGGCAAGGCCCCAGGGCGCACGCAGCCGCCUGGCGGGAUGGACAUCCCAGGAACCAGGCGCUGAGCGAGCGCAAAGGCGAGCGAGCCUGAGGUUCCCCACAGGAGCCCAACACCAUUCCCGAGGCCACGAUGAUCCCUCCGAGUGGAGCCCGCGAGGAUAGCGGGGACGGGCUGACCGGUGAGGCAACCGGCACAGAGCAACCGCCCUCUCCUGCGUCCACUAGCAGCUUGGAAUCCAAGCUCCAGAAACUAAAACGGUCACUCUCUUUCAAGACCAAGAGCUUGCGGAGCAAAAGUGCUGACAACUUCUUCCCGAGAGCCAACAGUGAUGUGAAAUUGCAAGCAGAUUUGCUAGCCAAGGCCAGCAUGGGCCCCAGCCCAGGCCCCAACCCAAUGCCCAUCCCUGGAAGCCCUGCAUCUAUGCCCGCCAAGGCUGGCCUGCACCCUGGCAGCAACAACAAGGUCCACACCUUUCAGGAGCAUGUCUUUAAGAAGCCCACCUUCUGUGAUGUCUGCAACCACAUGAUCGUGGGAACACACGCUAAGCACGGACUGCGCUGCGGGGCCUGUAAGAUGAGCAUCCAUCACAAGUGUGCAGACGGCCUGGCACCCCAGCGCUGCAUGGGCAAGCUGCCAAAGGGAUUUCGGCGUUACUACAGCUCCCCUUUGCUCAUUCAUGAGCAGUUUGGAUGCAUUAAAGAAGUUAUGCCCAUUGCUUGUGGCAAUAAGGUGGAUCCCGUGUAUGAGGCCCUCAGAUUUGGCACUUCCCUGGCCCAGAGAACAAAGAAGGGCAGCUCAGGCAGUGGGUCUGACUCACCCCCCAGAACCUCGACGUCAGAGCUCGUGGAGGUUCCUGAAGAGGCUGAUGGAUCAGGAGAUGGAUCUGACCUCAGGACACGCAGCAACAGUGUGUUCACAUAUCCAGAAAACGGCACCGAUGACUUCGGAGACCAAGCAAAGACCAUAAACCACCAGGGACCUCCUUCCAAAGACCCAUUACAGAUGAACACCUAUGUUGCCUUGUACAGAUUUGUACCCCAAGAGAAUGAAGACUUGGAAAUGAGGCCAGGAGACAUGAUUACUCUGCUAGAGGACUCCAAUGAAGACUGGUGGAAAGGAAAAAUUCGGGACAGGGUUGGUUUCUUUCCGGCCAACUUUGUUCAGAGAGUAGAAGAGCAUGAGAAGAUUUAUAGGUGUGUUAGAACCUUCAUUGGCUGCAAAGACCAGGGACAGAUAUCACUGAAAGAAAACCAGAUCUGUGUGACUUCUGAGGAAGAACAGGACGGCUUCAUCAGAGUCCUCAGUGGGAAGAAGAGAGGCCUGGUCCCGCUGGAUGUCCUGGUAAACGUGUGACCGUGGCGGUCCCUCCAAGUGCAGGAGGCCAGCUCCGCUGAUCUCACUGUGUCCACCCAGAGAGUGUCCAGGAAACGGGAAGAACUCAAGACCUGAGACUGUGGUAGCAGUCUGGAAACAGACCCACUGCAUGGCACAUCCAGACUGCCAGAGAGCAGCAUCCCAGAGCUGAGGGCAGCUGGGGGCAGUAAGUGGACCAUAGCCAAGGCUGCCCCAGGACUCAGCUCCCUCCCUACGUGCCUGUGCAAGGCUGGAAUAUGCUCCUGUCAUGGUGUGGUCCUACUGACAAGUUUGGAUCUGAGUAGCCAACUGUCACUCUGGUUCCAGACUACUGUCCCCAGUGCUGGCCAAUCAACAUCACGGCUCCUGCAGGCAACCAAGAAGGCCAACCUUCCUGUUCCCAACACCCCAGGCCUCACUCCAGCCCCUGCUCAGUUUGUGGAUCUAUCUGCUGGCUGGAAUCUUCUUUCUUUCCCUUCGGUCCUUGGAGCACAUCCCAGGCAGGGCUGAAUGGACACGGUACAAAGAUCUGACUUACUACAGAGAGCUUGCCAGGUAGUCCUUGCCACUUCAGUGACUCAUUCAGGUGACAGAGCAAAGUCAGAGGCACAGAGCCAGGCAGCAGCAAGAGGUGGGAGUGAGGACAGGGGAAGAGCCCUUAUGGAUGGGAUUGUGAAGCCCUUUCAGACGGGGUAUUCUUUCCCAGAGCAGGUGGGGCUGGGAAUGGGAAGGAGCAGAGCGUCUCCAUUUUCAUUUCAUAGCCUCUGUAUCAGGAGCAUCAUUUCUUCCCUUGUGCAGCCUGUAGGACUCCACUGUGGAGGGUGAGUCCACCGUGCAAGGAACCAGGGACAGGGCAGCGCCUCUGAGACAAACAUCUUAGAAUAAAUGUAGCCAAUUUAGACCCCAUUCUUCUCUAGGGCAGCGUUUCUAGCUCCGGCAGGUGUGAGGCAGAAACGAACCUGUGAUGCUCGUCUCUGUGCAGACGGAGGGAGCUGGAGCUUAGCUCACACCACCAAGGGAAAUUGCUCUCGACCUGUACCGAUGUUUACAAGAACAGACCACACUGCGAUGCCUUCCUCCCAAGCCCGGUCCCAGCAUUCAGACCUGCUUCCUAGCAGUCACUGAUAUGUUUAAACGUGAUUCACAGUGACUUCGAAAUUAACAUUGCUUUGAUUUAUUUUGCCACUGAGCAAUAAAAUCAUUCGAACCAUUGGGUUUGGAGCUUGGUUCUGUUUUGUUUUGCUACAUGGUUGGUUUUGCUUAUUUGAAAAAGGCUCUCUAGCCAAGGCUGGCUCAAACUCACUGCAUAGCUGAGAAUGGACCUUGAACUUUGGUUCUUCUGCCCCCACCUCCUUAGUGCUGGGAUUACAGGAAUGCACCACCGCAUCCCAUGCAUGCAGUGCUGGGAACUGAAUACAAAGUUUCAUACAUGCUAGGAAGUCAUCCUGCCAACUGAACUACGUCCCAGACCCCCAAAAGCUAAGACUUCGUUUUGUUUUGUUUUUUGGGUUUUUUUUUUUUCUGUUUUAAAGACUUAGAUGACUAUAUCCAGGGCAUGUCAGCCUCUUUCCUUAGACCAAAGAAUCAUUUGUCUGUACUGUCUUUGUUACUGCUCAGAGUGAAGUCAGGAGCUGAGCUAUGGCUGCAGCUGGUCUCACAGGUGCCCUGAUGCCUUACUCCCAUUCUGCAGCCAGCAUCCAUGUUCAUCCGCAUCCAACAUCACCUGUAAAAGCAGGCUCACAGGCGCAAUCCUGGGGGAGCGCAGGUGGAUCACAUGGCUGCCUUCUGAACACGCAGGACAGACACUUUCUGCCUCCAGUCAAUUCUCCAUUUAAUCCAGACAAUCUAGUGACCAGAAGGAAUGUGAACCACGUGUGUCUUGUCGUCUUCUCGUGGAUCCAUGUCCACCACAGGCUUUUGGUACAGGGCUUGUGAAGUUGAAUAGAUAGAAGCUAUGGCAUCCAGCCUCCCAGGUAAUCUCCCUAGUGGCCUUUGCCUCCUGGUAUUCUUGUCUUUGAGGAGCCUCCCCCUACACCAAAUCAGGGUUAGUCUUAAGUAGCCAGUGAAAUAUAGCAGAAGUGACAGUGGCUGACAAUGAAGCUGGCUCACAAAACUCACAGUUUUUGCCUUGACCUAGCAGGAUGCUCUGUUGGGAUCUUGAGACACCACAUGAGGAGGACAUGUACCUAUAUGGGUCACUAUAUGGGGUCUCCAUGCGAAGACCAUAUACUUCAGCAGCUGGGGGCCCCAACCUCAGUGAUUGUUGGGGCAAUGACAGGGCAAUGGGGAGUUGUCCCUGCUGACCGCUACUUGAGUCACAAAUAUAUGAUCAAUCUAAGCAUAUAAAGUAUUUUUAAGUGUAAGUUUUAAACUUAGUUGCUCUUCAGAAACAGGUAAGUGGGACAGGAGGCUUUGCCAUCGCAACCCAAGAAGACAUGUAUUCACUUUGUAUAGUGAGACACAAAAGCUGUGCUGACGCUGGGUACUGGCAGGCAGCUAAGCCUCCAACGCCAGAUGUGCAGCAUUCUCCAAAGGUCUAGAGUCAUCCAAACAGAAGAGGCAAACUCCAUAUGCUCUGCACAGACCAUUGUGGAUGACUCUCACACAUACAUGGCAGGGAGCGUGGAGUAAGAGAAAGGAGAAGAGGUUGGGGUCAGGACCUUUCCUGUCCUCUUCUGCUUGCCUGCAGGGACGACAAGGUCAAGGAAAGUGGUGGCCUACCAAAUUCUCGAUGGUUUCCAAGAUGUGAGAAGUAGCUGAACUGGAGGUGAGGUGAGGACCUUAGGGACAACUGCUGGGCAGGGACAGGAAAUGGGAAGAAAGUGUCAAGAGCUACAAUGAGUCCGGAGGACACUCUUAUGAGUUGAGGGGACAGUGUGACUCCUCACUAUCUGUGCUGUGAGUCACGGGGCCACCUCAACGCCAGGACAGCUGUGCCCUGCCCCUCACUGUGGAACACAGCUCUGUGUUGGCGAAUGUGUGAGGAAGAACUGACUGGACGUUCCUUAAGGCUCCAGAAAGCAGGGAACUGAAUUUCUCUUUCCCCACCAAUAUUGCUACCAGAAAUUGGUUCCACCUUUAAUAUAGAAAAUGGAGCUGCAAAGAGACUAGGUAUAGAGGUCUCGUCUGCAUGGUGGCUGGAAAGAGAGACCAGGUAUAGAUGUCUUGUCCACAUGGUGGCUGGCAGGGCUGGUUCAUAUAUCAUUUUCCAUUCCAACUAAUGCACCAAAUGUACAGACAUACAUAUACACAUGGACAAUGAGAGGGGGUGGAAGAAUCCCCCUACUCUGAUAAUGAAGAAGAAUACAACAUCUGGGCUGCAUAUUUAAAGCAGACAGUUGAGUAAAACAUGGUAGGAACUUAAUGGAACUAAUCUUUGCUGUUGAGAGGAAAACUUAAAAUCAAUGGGAAAGUCAUACACAUAGCAAAAGGCAAAAUCUGAGUUUGGAUGAUGCGCUCCUCCAAGAAGAGAGCUAGAGAGGAAAUAGACUCAGGGCACCCACUAGGGCUUGACCAGCAGGCAGAGGCAGCUGCCCUGGCUGUGUGUUCUAGUACAAGCUCACACUCAGUUAGCAUUGCCGCCCCACUCAGGACUUCUGGCUUUUAAUCUGUUUGCUAACUCUCAUUGUGAAUACCCAAAAGGAGAGUUAGAACUAGGGCAUAGCCAGCCUCCUCUCGAGUGAGAUCUGAGGACUACAGUGAUAGUCCUCAAGUGGUACAGACUCACCUAGCAACCUCAAGGUCUCUAACACCAGAUUCUUCCUGCAGGCUGCUAAGGUAGGCAAGCGCGGAUGGACUAAAAGAGAUGAUUGCCGCCUCUGGGCUGAGUCUGCAGGGGUGGGGCAAAAGGAUGUGGAGACCUGUGCACUCCAGGAUCAAAGGCUCGGAUAGCGUGAAUGAACGCACAGCUAGGGGGAGGUUGGCACCAGUGUGAGAAUGUAAGAGAAAAUUCAGCCAUGCUCAAAAUGUAAUUCCCAGGAAGCGAAGUGAGCAGGUGGACUCCAAGAUUCACCACAAACAGAACCCCCUAAAAAUAACUUAGGCAGAAAAUUCCAACUAAUAAAUGACAUCCCAUACCUGUCUCUGAGACUUUUCUUAGUCACCAUCCUGUUGUGUGUUUUGUACACCCGGUGGUUUUGAUCCUGAGAGUUUGCUUUUCUCUUUGCUUCCAACAGGAAGUUUUAAAUUGCUGUCAGUCUUCUGUAGGUAAUGAAAACUUAACUGUAUCUUAAAAUAUCAGUAACAACAUAGCCAUUUGUUUUAAUUUUAAAAUGAAGAAAUGGUACAUAGUUUUUAAUAUAAUAUUAUCACAUUUGAAUAGGUAGUGAGUAUCUCCCAUGUCUUUGUGGAAGUCAGGACACCCAGAAUCCUGAAAAUACCCCCUGGAAAAAUAACAACAGCUACUUCAAGAACAAGUGUGAGCCGACUUUCAAAUUCCUCCCAUGACACCUAACAUGCUGGCACAUGCCUGCAAUCUACCUGACAUGCUGGCACAUGCCUGCAA